AGUUUACUAAAUCGUUGGGCAAUUGUACAACCCUAGAGUAAUCGUUCGGUGGCCCAUAUAUUCGGAUUUUAUAAUUUAUCCAAAAUAUCUCGAUUAUGGUAAAUACUAGUGGCUAAAUUCUAGAACAGUGAAGGCCUGAAAAUAAUCGAAGAAGAAGAAUAAUAUAUAUUUUCAAUUGUCAAAAAAUUGUAGAAUUAAACUGUACUUUGUUGAUGUGGAAUAGAAAAGUUAUUAAAUCGUAUAAUUAAUCUCUUGUGUUAUCGGAAGAUGUGUAUUAUUUCUUAAAUAAAUAUUUUAUUAGCAAAAAAUGGAAUUAUCAUUGACAAUCUACUUAAUUUUUGGCAUAAGUACAUGCCUUGCAGCACCUGUAGAUAAACCCAUUAAUAUUUCAUCUAUUUGUACCAACAGUUCAGAUCUUUUAACAAAUCAAGGAGAUAUAUUCAAAAACUGUUCUUCCUUCAUUGAUAAAAAAAAUACAUUAUGCACUUUGUAUUAUAACUCUCUUUCGUCAUAUUGCCAGUCAAAUAAAAGUAUAGUGAAAUAUCCUACUUUAGAAGAAAUUAAAAAAAAUAAUUAUGAUAUUGAAGCUGUUUGUACAAAUCUAGUUCCAAGCUUACAGACAUUAUUGAAAAAAGAUAUUAAAAAACCUACUUGUUAUUACUUAUGUUCUACGUUCGAUGGUAUCAAGCUGGAAUGUCUUUAUGCCUACUACUACAACAUUUCAAAGAAUAUGUCAAACAAUGAACCUGUAAUCAUUGAACCAAGUAAUAUAUCACAGCAAGUAGUUGAAAACAUUGAACAUUCAUCAGAUGAUGAAAAAUCUACAAAACCCAAAACAGGGAGUGAUAUGGAGAAACCCUUAGGUAAACCACUGAUUGAAUCAUCAAAAGUGAAUUCUACUCACAAAGGUGAUGUUGAGGUAGCUGGAAAAAAUGAUUCAGUUAGGUCGCAAGAAGAAGAAUCAAUUCCAAAUCCAGUAAAUACAGAUCAAGUAGAAACAACUGGAGAUCAACAAUCAACUCUGACCAAAUCAUCACAAAUAACAAUAGCAAAUCAUGAUAGUGCUAGUGACUUGAAUAAGCCAUCUACUGUUAAACAAAUUGCAGUAGACUCCAUGAUACAGAAUUCCUUACAUGGUCCUGGAAAUGGUGAUCCCGGAAACGAUGAUCCCCAAGACUACCUCGAGGAGAUUGAAGAAGGUCGUACUUCUCAGCAAGAUGCUCUAAAUAAAAUUCCUCAACAAUAUGUUGUCCCCCAACAAGAUAUCAUUGAUACACCUGCUAAACAAGAUGACAUACAAGUUGUUGACCAGAAGGGGGAUAAAAAACCGGAUUUCGUUCAAGAUAGUCCCGUAAAUAGUGAUAAUAUGGAUGAAAUAGAUGGAGAAUCUUACUUUUUCACAUAUUUUAUGGUCAUUUGCAUACUUUUCAUAUUAGGAUAUGUGGGAUAUCAUAACCGACUCAAGGUAUUUGCAUUGCUACUGGAAGGUAAAAGAGGUAAGAGGCAGCAUAGAGGUAGAAGACCGAAUUCAGCCAAUUACCACAAAUUGGACACAAAUUUAGAAGAGGCCAUAUCGUCGAAUGUUAAUAAAAACCCAACUAACGUAAUAUUUUAGUUAUUAGUUUCAUAUUUAUGUGUUCAUUAAAAAAUUUCCAAGUGUAUAAAUGUAAAUAUAAAAGGAAAACAAAUCUCAAAAAUUUUGUACAUAAUUUUAAGAUUCCGAUUAAAAUUUGCUUGGGUAAAAGUAAAUUUUUCAAAAUCCAUAUUGAUCUGAAUUAAAGUUUUUUUGACAUUAAAAAUAAUCCAAGUUGAUAUAUUUUCUUUGUUUUCACUAUUUUAGUAACUGGGUUUGUUUUAUUUGAAGCUCAAGCUCAACUUGGACUAUUAUUUUAUCACUAGCUUACAUAUAUAACCAUACAUCUGAUACUUUUCUAUUUCAACAUACAAAAGUUCUCCUAUGAAUCACAAACUAUUUGCUAUUAAGUCAGUUUCGGUAUUAUUGAUGUUUUUCGAAAUGUAUUUCUCAAAAUUUGAUAUUUACAGGACCAAAAUAAAUCAAAAUGACUAAAAUUUAUUAUUAUUAUUGCCGUAGAUAAAGUAUUUUUUAUUGCAGCCAAAAUUUUUCAUUUAAAAUCUGAAAAAUGAUUAACACAGUGCUCUAUAUUCAGAGGGAGCAAAUAAACUGUCGAUUAAAUUGUUUUUCAAUAAAUACAAAUCAUUUCCGUUUUGCAUUUCUUACCAUAAGAACUAAUUUAGGUUUAAUUUUGUGUUUUCUAAAUCACAAUUCGAUCCCUUCCAAUUUAUUAAUCGAUUUUAUAACAAGCUCUAGCUUAACUUAACCCCAAUAAUCACUCUCUAGUACCCUACAAGAUACAAUUAUACUUUUUUUUCAAUAUAUGUGAUCUUACUGCCCAUUUUAUUCAUUUUUCAUUAUUAUUUAUAGUUAAUUCAGUUUCUUUUCAUAAAUUUGCUUUUGUUUUCAUUAUUUUUGAAAACUUUAUAUAGAUAAAUAGAAACGAAUAAUUGCAGUCGGUUAUAACAUUGUUUUUAUAUUUAUUUUUCAAUUUUUGGCAGUAUUCUAGCUUUUCAUGUAUAUCUAGAAAUAUAUUAGUAUCGAAAUGACAUCUUCAACAUUAUAAUUUUGAAAACCACCGAUUUGAAUAGUUAUUGAAGCCGUUUCUGCUUCUAUUAUGCUUAUAGUUGAUACUUGUAUUGUGUUGAUCUAAAGAUCACCAUGUGUUAUAGCAGGACGAGGGCCUCCAAUUAGUGAGAACCUAAUAAAUCUUAAAUGUAUAAAACUCUUGGGAUGAAGUUCAUGAGCUGCUGUUGAUCUACAUAUUCGUACUGUGUUUCACACAUUUUUUUCUUUUCUUGAUCUCUUUGUUACGCUACUUUUUCCUAAUCGUAGCUGUGGAUUAGGAAAGUUUUGUACAUUGAACAUCAGUUUGCUUAUUACCUGUUUCUAUUGCUCUAAUUAGGCACAAUUUUUGUCCAACAGUAAACAACAUUGGCCUUAUGGCACACCAAACAAACUUUUACAAAUUCAUUGUUAUAAAAAUAGUAAUUAAUGCCAGUGUUGUACUAAAACCUACUUUUCCUUCAUCAAAUUUCAGCAACUCUUCGUCAUUAUAAUCCCAUUGGAAAACAGGGAUUUAUUGGGUUCUUUGUGGUUUUUAUGAGGGAUUUAUUAGGUUUGGCCCUGAUGUAGGAUAGAUUCCUCUGCAUCCUAAGUAUUUCUGACAGUUUACUUGCUCACACUGUAUAUAAUUACAAUGUUAUAAUGAGAUUUGUCUGGUAAAUUAUAAUUUUAUAAUUACUAUGGGAAUAUUUUAGUUAGUGAUUACUUAAAAUACCGUUUGCGUGCCUAAAUUGUAUUUAUUUUUAUAUUUUUGUGAUAUAUCGGGUUAUGUUCUUCAGUUAUAGUUUGGAUUCUGAUAAGUAGUUGAACUACAUACAGGAAAAUGAUUUCGAUUUAAAAAAAGUAACUUAUUCUUGUGUCUGUUCAAAUAUUUAUCAUAAUAUAUCCGAGGAAACGUUCAAUAAAUAUUUUGCUUUGUA